AUGAACUACGAACGUGUGGAUAAAGAACUCGCCAAGUAUACUGCUGGCGAGCGUAUCGAAAUCUCCGAGGAAGAGUCGAAGCGCCUCAAGAAGAUGAUUGACAAAAGAGUCCUUGUUAUCAUGAUCUUGACGUACUUCAUUCAAGCCCUUGACAAGGGAACGAUGAGUUUCACGAGUAUCAUGGGUAUCAGAGAAGAUCUGAAUCUGCUUGAUUCGAACAAGUUUCCAUGGUUGACAACCUGUAUCUACAUCGCCGUCCUCUUCGUCGAAUAUCCAACCAAUUGGAUCAUUCAGCGCGUACCUAUUGCCAAGUAUCUUUCUCUGAACAUCAUCCUUUGGGGUAUCGUUCUCGCACUUCAUUCUACUGCUACAAACUUUACGACCCUCGUUGUCUGCCGUACCUUCCUGGGUAUCUUCGAAGCCGUCUGUCAGCCUGCUUUCUUGAUCAUGUCAUCCCUUUGGUACAAGAGAGAAGAGCAGGCACAGACAGUAACGUACUGGUACGUCAUGAACGGUGCUCAGCAGAUUGUGGGUGGUCUUUUGGCCUAUGCCUUCUCCCUGCUUGGCAAUGACAGAUCUGUGAAGUCUUAUCAAGCCAUCUUCAUCACCUAUGGUUCGAUCUCUGUAGUCUGGGGUAUCUUCGUACUUUGGUGGCUACCCGACUCGCCCAUGCGUGCUAAGUGCUUCUCCGAGGAAGACAAGAAACUUAUGGUUGAGAGAGUUCGCUCCAACCAGACUGGUCUUCAGAACAAAAAGUUCCGUCCUGAGCAGGUCAAAGAAGCCCUCAUGGACCCUCAGCUCUACUGUUACAUGUUGAUCCAAAUCUGCACCACGCUCCCGACCAGCGGUCUUGGUGCCUUCGCCAACAUCAUCGUCAAGGGCCUUCACUUUACCACUCUCCAGACGCAACUCCUUGCAAUGGUACUUGGUGCCUACAUUGUCAUUGUUCUGCUUACCUCGACCUGGAUCGUAAAGAAGACUGGGCAGAAUCUGCUCGUCAUGGGAGCUUUCGUCAUCCCAUCCUUUGCUGGAACCAUCGUCCUCAUGACAGUCGUAAACACCAAUACUGCCACUCAAGCAGGUCUGUUGUUCUCCUACUACGUCGUUCUCUCCUUCUGGGCCGCACAAACUCUCGCCAUGUCAAUGCUGUCUCGUAACAUUGGUGGCCAAACCAAAAAGUCGGUCGUUGUCGCUGCCAACUUUGCCGCGUGGGCUGCUGGCAAUGCCAUUGGACCUCAAGUCUUCUUGAGCUACGAUGCACCUCGUUACUUUAUCGCUUUCGCUACGCACAUGGGUUGCUACGUCUUGCUCGUUAUCGUUAUUGUAUUCUUGCGCUUCUGGCUUAAGCGCUGUAACGCAAAGAAAGAUGCUUUGGCUGCUGCUGGUGUCGGAGCUGCUGCGGAUGAUUCUUAUACCCAUGCUUUUGAUGAUCUGACUGAUAGAGAGAACCCCAACUUCCGCUAUGUCUACUAG